CUCUCCUCCUCCGUUCAGAUCCCCGCGAUCGAAGAGGCCAGGCCAGGCCAACAAGCGGCCAACCCGGCACAGCUGCGCAAGCCACCGCACCAAUCCCACAGCCCGAGGCCCGAUCCAGCGCCCGGCGGCUGGGGUUCGCCAGCGGCCCGCCAUGUCCUCCUCCACCGCGUCGUGGUCGCGCUACGGCGCCCUCCCCACCUCCCCCCCUGCGCCGCAGCUCAAGCCGGAGGACGUCGCGGCCGCGGGCGGCGAUGCGGCGCCCUCCUCCUCCUCGGCGGCGGCAACGGCGGCGGAGGCCGGGGUCGCCUUCUUCUCCCGCGCGCGAGCGUUCGCCGGGGCCGCGGCGGGCCGGCCGCGCGCGUGGCGUGAGGUGCUGGACCCGACGGCGUUCUCGUGCCCGGACAGCUGCGGGGAGGCCCGCGCGCGGGCGCGCCGCAACCUCGCCUACUUCCGCGCCAACUACGCGCUGGCCGCGCUCGCGCUCGUCUUCCUCGGCCUCGUCUACCGCCCCGCGUCCAUGCUCGCGUUCCUGGCGCUCUUCGUCGCCUGGCUCGGCCUCUACUUCGGCCGCGGCGGCGGGGAGCCGCUCGUGUGCCUCCGCCGCGAGGUGGACGACCGCGUCGUGCUGGCCGCGCUCUCGGCCGCCACCGUGCUCGCCGUCGCGCUCACCCGCGCGGGGCUCAACCUCCUCGUCUCCCUCGUCGUCGCCGCGGCCGUCAUCGGCGCGCACGCCGCCUUCAGGGUCAACCUGUACCUCGACGAGAGCGACGCGUUCGAUGUCGCCGGCGCCUCGUUCACGGACACCGCAUACGGCUACGCGCUCCCUAGCUGAUGGUAAACGGUGGGCGGCCAUGGGGUUGUUGAUCGUGUUCUGCUCUCUUCUUGAGGCAGGGGAUUCUUGGUGGCUCUGAUCCAUUAUCGGAUUUUGCAAGGCGUUCAUCAUCGUUGGUGCUGUGAUGUUCUUACUGCACCCUCUCUUCUAGACCGCAUUGUACCUAUAGUGAUUUUCGUGCUCGGUUUUUAGGGGAGAUUUUAGUUUGGUUCUGGUAUUGAGUGUAGUUUUUAGAGUAAAACAUAUGUGACUGGUACGAUUUGAAUCUGUUUGAAGAAAUAUGAAUUGAUUAUGUU